GCCGCAGCCACUGAGAGGUCGGGACGGGAUUGUGUGACGGACGAGUAACGCACGGGGGGUGGCGUCGGUGUGGAGCCUGUGACGCCGGGCUCAGUUAACUCCACCUCGUUCUUUGGUGUUUCUCUAUUUUUCUCGCGCCUACCGCUCAGGAUGAACUCGGAGCCGAGGCAGCGGCAGGAGAACUUCUUCACUGAUGCAACCCAAAGUGUGGAAGAGGAUCCACUAAUAGACCAUUCCCUUCUUUAUGGCGAUGCUCUAGUUGGUGAAAUGCGAGCUCAUUUCAAAGGUGUGCCAACAGUCUGUUGGGGAAUUCUGUUAGCAUUUCUGCAUGUUACUUUUGUAGUUCUGGCAUUCCUUUUAGUCUUCCUGUGUGAAACACCAGCUGACCUUUGCAGAAGUGUCCUUGGGUCCUUCAGUGCUGUGGCAAUUAUAACAAUUACAAAAGUUAUCCUUUCGGUUAUCUAUGCUGUCUUUGAAUAUUACUUGCAAGUACAGCAUUCCAAGUUCAGGGCAAGAGGCUAUCUGGAAUUGUACCGCUCCAUUAGGCAUCUAAAGCGUCUACCGUUACUCAUUCAUUCUGCAGGAAAUGCAAUACUCUUAAUACUUUUUGUACUGAUGCAGCUUAAACUGGAAACUCUGGUGAUCUACUUCAUUCUUGGAGUCCUGACAGUGGAGCUUUUCUUUUCUUCAGUAUGCCUAAUCAUUUACACAGUAAAGAUUAUAAAGUUCAAUCAGUUGAAACCAUGUCCUGACAUCCAAGAGGAAGAACGAAGGCAUCGAUAUCCUAAUCUCACUAAUGUUCUCUCUGAAACUGGAUUCAGGGAUGGAUCAAAUUUAGAAAACCUUGUAGAAAAGCAAGCGGACCUCAUUGACUACUUAAAAAUGCACAAUGUGGAAUUAAGUAAAAGGCUGCUGACUUUAACUUCCCAGCAAGUCCGAGACUGAGGCUUUGAAAGAGACACUAAACAUUGUGAUAAACCAAAGAAUAAAGAAAGGCACAGCUUGUGCUGAAGACGUCCAAAUGGGCAUAACCAUUUGAAAGCAGUGUGAAUAUGAAAUGUAAUUUAAUAAAUGGGUACAGUUAUCUUCAGAAUUUACUUUUGUAUUACUGCAAUUACAUUAGGAGAGAACAUUUGCUACAAACAUGAGUAAUUUGUUUUUUCCAUUUUGCCACCAAUGUUCUUCAAAUCAAUCAUGUAGCAGAAUUAUCUUUGACUUGUGCCAAAAGACUUCAGUUGUGAAUUGUGAUCACAGACAAUUGUCUGCUGUGCAAGCAAAGAGGUUGUUCUUGCCUUUGUAAUCUUGACAUUGUUUGUUAUUGAUGAUGUGAAUAUUCUGAAUGACUUUUUUUAAAAAAUAAAAUCUUGUUUAAGAUAGAAUAUGUGUAUAAAAUGUACUUUUUAAAGUUGUUUUUGAGUACUUUGCUAACUAUCCUGGGUUUAGUUUAAACCUACAUACUGGUCACUUGCAGAAAUGCAAUUAGGAAUGUACAAGACAUUGCUAUCCUAUAUUUUGGAAUUUUGUGACUUGUAGAAGAUGUAUUGCAAAUGUAAAUUAAUAAUAAAUUUUUCACAAUCCACCAA